CCUGUACUGUGAGGGUGAAGGAAGAUACAUUAUACCAUCAGCUAAAAGAUGUUGCUUCGGAGCAAGAUUGCGGUGGUUUCAGCUUUCAUAUGUAUUGCCGUCUCCGGCAUCCUAGCUCAAUCUCCUCCCACGUCUCCACCGUCCACACAGGCACCUCCGACGCCACCAACGCCCCAAACGCCUCCGGCCUCUACCCCACCGCCAACUACUACAGCGCCGCCAACUCCACCAGCCAACCAACCACCACCGGCCACAACUCCCCCUCCUACUUCUGCACCACCACCUGUAACGGCCUCCCCACCGCCUGCAGCAACUCCGCCGCCGGUUGCCACGCCACCUCCAGUAGCAACUCCUCCACCUGUUAGCUCUCCACCUCCAGCAUCGCCUCCUCCUGCAACUCCUCCACCAGCUUCUCCUCCACCGGCAACUCCACCUCCCGCAACUCCCCCUCCAGCAACUCCACCUCCAGCAACUUCACCUCCGGCUCCAUUAGCUUCUCCUCCUGCGUUGGUUCCCGCUGUGGCACCUACGACGAAGCCGCCAGCAUCAUCUCCACUAAAAAGCCCGCCUUCUCCACCGACCUUAGCCCCUGCGCCAAGCCUCGGUGCAUUGUCACCAGGACCAGCCGGAUCUGAUGUGAGUGGAGUAGGGAAGAUGUGGUCGGUGCAGAAAAUGAUGGGGAGCUUGGCCUUGGGAUGGGCUCUUCUCUUUGGUCUGCUACUCUAGACAUGUCUCUCUAUUGGUGUCUCCUGCGUUAUUAGUUCAUCCUUUUCUACAUAAUCAAUGGUUGCCUGCCACCAUUGUUGCUUGUUUACUAUGUGUACCUGAGAUUACAUCCAUGCGGGUUUUAUUCUUUGGGAGAUUUUUGAGGGGAUCAGUUUGUUUUGUAUGAAAUUUGUUGGUGGCCUUUUCCUCAUGAUUUCUUCUUCAUCAUUAUUAAUUACUAUAUAGCUAGCUUCACAUUCCAUUGGUUAC